CUGUCUAUAUUCUACAUACAAAACAAAAACCCACUCCAACCCAGAGCAGCCAGCAGCAGCAGCAGCAGUAGAACAUCACUCGAGUGGUAUUUCAUGUGUAAAUAAAGUAAAGUAAAACAAAAAUAUGCAAACGUGAAAAAGGUGCAAAACUCACUGACGUCUACGUAUUGGAAUCGAAGUCAAAGUCGUAUUCGUAUCGUAUUCGAAUAUCGUAUCGUUGUCGUUCACUCAGCGUGUAAUUGUUGUUGUUGUUUAAUUCUCUCGAUCGUUAUUUGAGUGGUGCGUUGUUGUAGUUCACCACUGCAGCCCGCCUACCCGCCCACCAACAAACCGACACAACUGUUUUACUUUUGCUUUGCUUUUUUGCACAUUGAGCUGCAUACACAAUUAUUCGUUUUCGUAUCGUGUCGCUCGCUUAACGUCGUCGUCGUCGUAGCGUAAAGUAUCGUAUAGUCGUUGUCGCCUUAGCCUUUAUCGCUUGUGCUGCAUUCGCAUUGCGAAUUGGUCGGUGCUGCCCUCUAUCUAUUUUGGUUUAUUGUUUGUUUGUUGAUUUUUUGGUGAAAAAUAAUAAUAAUACAAAAAAUAGUGCAUUCUCGGUCGUGUGUUAUUCAAAAAUAAAUUCGUUACUUUUUUUUCUUAUCGAUCAACGAAUUUCAAUUUCGAUUUAAAUUUAAUUUUUUGUUUAUUUAUUUUUUUGGGAUACAAAUUUCGUUUGAAUUUCCGUUUGUUUGUUAAUAUAUUUUUUGAAAAAGAAAAAUAUUAAAAAUUUGUCAACAUGGCCUCAUUAAAGUGUUAUAAUUAUAAUCAUAAUAAAAAGUGCAAUUACCAUAUGAUGGUAUCGUUAUUUUGUUUUCAAAUGUUAUUUCUAUUAGUAAAUUCAAAGAAUUUGGAUUUGGAUUCAUCUGGAUCGAGUUUAUCAUCAUCUUCAUCAACAUCGCAUCAUCAUUUGCAUGCUGAUUCGAAUAAGGAUACGAUACGCGAAGCAUGCAAUUCGGUUAGCGGAUAUUUUGAGUCGAUUGAUGUUAAAAUUGACGAUGGAAAUUAUGAUACAAGAGGACCAAUAUGUGGUGGACAUUGCUGUUCAAAUGCAACCGAAACAGAAUUAAAAUUAAAAUCAACGACUGAAUUUGAACGACUAUUACAUCAUCACACAAAAAGUUUGCGAGGCAUUCUAGAAUCAACGUCCAGCUCAUUUCGAAGUCAUGUGCUGGAAUUGGCGGAACAGUCUGAAAAUAAGACAUUAAAUGUCUUCUCACAGGUUUACCGGAGAAUGUUGCCACUAUCGAGGAAACUUAUCCAGCAAUUGUAUUCGGAAAUUACGAGAUAUCUUAACUCCACAUCCGAUGUCAGUCAACUGGAAACAGCAGUGCAUACGUUUUUCGUGGAUCUCUUCCCCGUAGCCUACCACCAAGCCGUUCAUUUAAAUAAGAACAACUAUGGUGACCUCCAUGAGGACUAUGUAUCCUGCUUAAAGCACACCUUCGAUGAUUUGCAACCAUUUGGCAAAAUACCCAAAGAGCUGAGUAAAAAUCUCCUCCAGAGUGUUACCACAGCGACAGUGUUUAUAAAUGCCUUGGAGCAGAGUGCUUCUGUUUUGGCCAGUACCGAUGAGCUGGACUCCAUGUACCUAACACAAACUUGCCAAAAACAAUUGCUUAAAAUGAGCUAUUGUCCUAGUUGCAUUGGCCUGCAGAAAAAGCAGGUUAAAUCCUGCUACAGCUAUUGUUUCAACGUAAUGAGGGGAUGUUUGACACAGUACGUGGGUGUUUUAGAUAGUCCUUGGUCAAAUGUUGCUGAAGCAAUUGAAAAUUUGGUCACAACUUACAUUCAAGCCGACACUGGCAUCGUGAACACAAUCAAGAUGUUGGACUCUAAGCUUUCGGAGACAAUAAUGCUGGCCAUGGAAAAUGGGCCAGAAUUGGAGAGAAAGGUAAAGAAAACUUGUGGAACUCCAAAAUUAUUGCCCACCAAAGAAGAACCAGUUGCCGAAGUUCGUGCUGGACAGCAAGGAAGCAUCAAAUGGGCAACACCUCCAGAUGCGGAACUUCUUAAAUUUCUCUCAACCAUUGAAAAGUCAAAGGAAUUUUAUGCCAGAAUAGUCAAUAACGUGUGUGAAGAUGAAGAUGUCCAAAGAAACGAUCGACACUGCUGGACCGGUGAUCGGAUCGGUGAUUAUAAUCAAGUAGCUAUGACAAGCGGUCUUGAUGCACAAAAGUAUAAUCCAGAAGUGCCACUUGUGCAGCAUUCAUACGCCCAAUCAACGAAACUCAACGAAUUGGUCGAUAAAUUAAUUAAAAUUCGUUCAUCAAUUGGUAGUGCGAUUCCUUCAACUACACGAUCAUACUCAGAUAUUCAAAGUGACAUGGCCAGACGUGACGAAGAAGGCUCUGGUCGGCUGCCAGACGAUAACGAUGAUGAAGAGGACAGUUUGCAUGGAUCCGGCGAUGGAUCUGGUGAUGGAGGCAGCCCUGCAUCAUCGCCCGAAGAGCCAGUUAGUCCACGCAGUGACGAUGUCAAUGAAAAGGCAUCAUCAUCCACAAAUCUUCGAAUAGAAAAUCUUCCAAUAAUCCUAGUCCUAGUAAUAUUUGCAUCCAGUCGGUGUUUCUCAUGGCGCUGAGAAUAAAAUUUUAUUAUUAAAUCUUUAUUUUUGAAAUAAAAACAAAAACAAAUAAAAUAUAAAAAUAAUAAUUAUAUAUUAAAUAACUAAAUAUUUAAAAUUAAAAAAAAAUAAACUAAAAUAAAAUUAUAGUUGAAAGAAAGAAAAAAUAAAUAAGAACAUUGGCAAAGCAAUAAAUUGACAAAUGCAUAUUAAUAACAAAAAAAAAUGCAUCUGGUAUAUCAAAUAUAUAAAUAAAUAUAGAUAAGCCCUAGAGGAUGUUUCUUCUUAGAAAAAAGCUAGUUAAAGUCAAAACUAUACUAUAUUUAAAAAAUGCAAUAGAAACGCCCAUACGAACACAAAAACAAAACUACUAAAAACUUUGUAUUCAUCAAAAAAGUAUUUAUCUGCACUCGGUUUUUCGUUUUUCGUUUUUAUUUCUAUUAUUUUUUUCAUUAAAUAUAAAUAUAUAUUUUGUUUUUUUAAUUAUUAUUCUAUAUUGUAAUCCCACAUACCGAAAAAGUAUAUUUAAACACUGCUUAACGUGCCAUAAAGUAAAAUAAAACAAAAACUUAAAAAUAUUUAUAAAACAUCAAUAUUAAUUUCUUCCGAAUAAUUUUGCUCUCAAAUCAUACAUAAAAUAAUAAUUUUGUUUUGCUCAAAUCAUAAAAAAAUAAAAACAAAUUAAAAAAUAGAAUCCUUUCAAUGAAAUAUUAUAUUCAUCAUUUCUGUAUCAUCAUAAUCCAAGUCAGCAGAUAAAAAUUCGAUUUGGUUAGAAUAUUUAAGUAUCCAUGUAAUUUAACACAAAACAAAAAAUGUUCCAAUAAAAUUCAAAUAAAUUUAUAAAAGAAAAAUUAACAAAAGAACAAACAAGUCUUAUGAUAUACCUUUACGUUAAAAGUUUGUGGUCUUAUUAUUAUUAUAUAAAUAAAUUUAAAAAAAAAUUAAUGUAAAACGUUUAAUUUGUUUUCUUCUUUUAAUUUAAUUUAAUUUUUGUUUUUUUUUUCUAAAGAAAAAUGCACGAAAAAGAAAACUGAAAUGAUUAGGUCAAAUGUAAAAAUUAUUAAAAAAUGUAAUAAAUAAAAAAUGUAAUAAAAUUAAAACUAAAGUAAACAAAACAAAUUAAAAUAAAAAUUAAAAUAAAAUUAUGUAAUAUUAAUCUAGACAUUUAGAAUAAAAGGUACCAUCUUUCACAAAAAGAAAAAUUAAAGCAGAGAGGUACCUCUCUACUUACCUUACUAUUUAAAAUUAAAACAAAUAAUAAAACAAAAAUAUAUAAAUAUAAUAAAUUAUGUAUAAAUAUAUAUAUAACUAUAUUUAUAUAUGUAUACAUUUAUAUAUAAAAUAUAUACGUAUGUACUACAUAAAAUAUAAAUUAACAAGGAACUUUAUAUAAAUAAUUAUGUACCUACUAAGAAUUGAAUGUAUGUAUAUUUAUUAUUAUUAUGUUAUGUUAUUAUAAACAAAUUAAAAAUGUUGAAAAAGAGUUUUUUUUUUAAAUUAAUAAAUUGACAAAAGGUUAUUUUUUUAUAUAAACAAUAAAUUAUACCGACUUGGGUUCAUACAUUUUAUAUUCUCUCUCCGAAACUUUGAAGUAGAAAAUCUUCCAGCGACAUCUUCCGAGAAAAAUAAAAGCAAACAAAUGAAUUUAAAGCUUAUGACUUUCUUAACGAAGUAAUUAGUAAAAUCGUUUUUACCGAAAACUGUAUGUUUUUUAAUUCAUACUUCCAGAAAUAUCCAGUCUUUUGUUUUUAUAUUUUCGCAAAAAACACGGUGCCCCAACUUUUUGAGCUCGAAGUCUGAGUUUGUGUUUUUUCAAAAAGAAUUUAUUUAAUUUUUUGAAUUCGAGAUGGAAUCAAUUUUAGUUUUGAUAUUAAAUUAAAAAUCUACACAUGUCGUGCACUAUCAAAUAAAACUUCAAUUUAAAGCUUAAAAAUGUAUAGACGAGAAGAAAACGUCAAAUAGUUUUGACAGUUCUAAAUUUGUUGAGAAGUUUAAGUUUAGUCACCCAAUGAUUGAGUUGAGAACCUUCGACUUACUUGAUUGGGGCCUGUGAAUAUGGAGGUUUGAAGUUUUAAACUUCAACAACCUUCCUCAUUUCCUGAAAUAUGAUCUGAAUUAAAUUACAAUUUUCAAAAUAUCUCUCAGCGAUCAAAAUAUUUGUCAAUACUUUUUACAGAAGAAAUUUUGUUUUCUUUCGAAAACUCAAGUUAAUGUCUCAACGAAGUACUUUUGACAAUUUAAGCGUUUACGUCAAAUUUUUUGACUUGUUUGUCAAAAGCGGUUGAUAGGGGUCUCUCUAUAACCAUUACUUUGACACUAAAUGUCACUUUGAAGUAUUUUUGUUCUGUAAUUCUUAUUUCAAAUCCAAUGAUUUAAAAAAAAAAAAGCUCUUAUGAAACAUUAAGUUUGUGAUGGCAUAUUUCGAGCUCAUAAAUGCAAAUGUACUGUAUUAUAACAAAGUGCGAAAAUACAAAAGAACUAACCACUCUAUUUCGGUAAAUGUCACUUUAAAAGAACAAAAAGAAGUAGAAACAAAAUACGUGCUCUAUUUCUGGAAAUGUCACUUUAAAGGAACAAAAUGAAGUAGAAACAAAUUACGUACCCUUCUGUACCGUAUAUUUUCAUAUAUGAACUCAAUAUUUAUAUAUAAAUUUUGUUUAAUUUCAUAAAAUAAAAUAACUAUAAUAUAUUUUGUCAUAAAUAUAUGCAUGUGAUUAUUAAGUUCUAAGAAAAGAAAUACAAUUUAAAAAAAUAUUGUGUAGAGUAUUUUGAAAGAACUCAAAAUAAAAAAAAAAUUAAUAAUAAACGAAUUAAUAUUAAUAAAAUUGCUAGUGAUCCACCAUCUUGCGAAAAAGUGUUUCUUUUAUAAAUACGUAAAAUAUAUUUUGACAGACGGAAUGACAUCUCCAAAGAAUUGACAGGAUUUUCUUCUGAUAACAAAUUGACAGAUGUCAAGUUUUACUGACUUAGUCCAAUGACAAAUGUCAUUUUCGAAAAGCUAUCAUGGCCUCUUUAUUUGAUGUUAGGGUGUUUACUAUACUGUCUGUCAUUUGUUACUUGGAAUUGUAUAAAAGUUUCUCAAAUAAUUUAAGAACAAAUUUUCAAAUUUUGGUAAUCUAGUCAAAAUUAUGUUUAUUUUCUACACAAAGCAAUAUUUAAUCAUUAAUUAAAAUCAAAUAUUUAUGUGUAAAUGUAUAUUUUCAAAAAAGAAAACUAGUUAAAACAAAAAUCUGUUUUUUUUUCUCUCUCUCUAAUUUCUCGUACGUCACAAAAACUCUGAAUUUUUCUCAGAUUAAUUUUUGAACCUUUUUUCUUUAUAGACUUUUUUAAACAAAAACAUGAUGAUUUAAAAAAUUAUUCAUGUUUCCUUGUCUUCGUCAAAACAAAACAAAGUUUUGUGAUUGAUAAGAAAAUAAAUUAAAAGCAAUUUUUAUUUUUAAAAAAUCCCUGGUUUCUUUACAAAAUCGUGUCAAAUAAAAAGCAUUCCUUUACUAAAAAAUCAAAAACGAAACAAAAAAGAAAAGAUUUGCGUUUUUAAUACACUUAAAUUUUUUAAACAUGAUUAGUUACCAAAAUAGAUAGAAUUUAAAGAAUUAAAAAAAAAUAUUGUGUACCAAUGAAAAAAAUUAUAAACUUUUUUUGUUUAACAAAUUUAAAAACAAAAAAAGAAGAAAAGAAUGUUUACUAACCAAUUUAAGUAGAUAUAAAAUAUUUAAAUCAAUAACAAAAAAUAUUAUGAAACCACAAUAAAAGCACAAACAAAAGUUACAUAAUAUUUCAUUAUUAUAAAAAUUUAAAUUAAGUGUAAUUCUCUUCCCCUGAAUAUAAAUAUAUAUAUAUAUAAAUAAUAAACUCCCCUUGUAAAUAGAUUUUAAAUAAAGAUAAAUUGGUCAACAAAUUAAAUUAAAAACAAAAUAUUAUAAAUGAACAAAAAACCGCACAGAUUUAUUUUGUAGUACUAUGGAAAAAAAUUGAUAUACGAUAAAAAAUAUAAAAAUAAACAAAACUAUUUUGGUCCUUUGGAAGAAAAUAAAAAUUAUAAAUCCAAUAUUCGAAGACUUAUAAAUUAUAUAUGUAAAAAAAUAAACUUCUAAAAUUGUGAAAAAUAAAAACGAAAAAUAUAAUUUAACUACAAAAAAAUAAAAAUAAAAAUGUGUUUUAAUUUAAUUUAUGAUAAAAAAACAAAAAACAAAUCUUACAAAUUAACAUAAAUCAAUACGGAUUAGGACAUAAAAAUAAAGGAAAACAAAAUAUGUGUAAUUUAAUAUUAUUAAGUACGAAACUAACUUUAAAUCAAUUUUAAAAGACGGAACAAAUUAAAUAAUUCAAGCCAAUAUAUGUUGAAUUAUAAAUCAAAACAAAAAACAAAAUAAAAAACAAUACUAAUUUAUUUAAAUGUUACUACAGAAAAAAUACAAAAAUAAAAUAUAAAAAAAUGAACAAAGGAGAAAACAAACAAAUAAAAAUUAAAGUCCUGUUUUUAGCUUAAUAAUUGAGCUAGAUCCGAUUUUAUUUUCAAAGAAAAAUAUUAUGAAACAAAAAUUUUAAUUUAAAUGAAUUUCAGUAACGAGUUUUUAUUUUGUUAUAUUUUUUUUUAAAUUAUUACAUUAUUAUUAUUUUUUAACUAAAAAGAAAGAAAAAAGAAGUUUACUUACUAUCUACUCGCUUUUUUAUAUAAUUUUUUCAAAAUUUAUGCUAUGUAUAAAAACAAGAAAGAAAUAAAAGUUUGUUAAGAAAAUUA